AUGCUAAGAGCUCAAAUCAACGGAUUUAAGCAAAAAGACAAUGAAUCUAUUUUCAAUGCUUGGGAAAGAUACAAGGACAUGAUGCGACUUUGUCCACAUCAUGGACUUGAAGAAUGGAUGAUUAUCCAUACUUUUUAUAAUGGUUUGUUGUAUAACACUAAGAUGAAUUUAAGCGAUGUCGCUGGCGGUGCUCUAAUGGACAAACCAUAUGACGAAGCUUAUGAACUCAUAGAGAACAUGGCUCAAAACCAUUUUCAAUGGGGAGGAGAACGUACUGCUUUAGAAAAACCAACUUCGAAAGGCGGAAGGUACGAAGUUAAUGGCAUAGAUCGCGUCAACGCUAAAGUGGAUGCGCUUACUCAAAAGAUUGAAAGCUUAUCCAUAACACCAGCAGCUACCGUAGAUGCUAGAACACCAAACUGUGAAUUAUGUGGAACCCCUGGGCACACUAAUGUUGAUUGUCAGUUAUUUGUUGGUGUUUCCACCGACCAAAUAAACUAUGCUCAAGGAAACCCAUAUUCAAACACUUACAAUCCUGGCUGGAGAAACCAUCCAAAUUUUUCCUAUAAAAAUAACAAUGAUUUGUUUCCACCAAACCCAACAUCUGCUAUUCCACCUGGCUAUCAGAAAGGAUCCCUAGUUGCUGCACAAGCACCUAGAAAGUCAAAUAUGGAGAUCAUGAUGGAAAACUUUAUAAAUGCCCAAGCCCAACAAAAUAAAGAAUUUGCAAAUCAAAAUGCUCAUACGAGUGAACUGAUGAAACAAUUGUCAAAUAAGUUUGAUGUUAUGGCUACCCAUAACAAAAUGUUAAAAACCCAGAUCUCCCAAGUAGCCCAACAACAAGCCGCAGUAGCAGCCCCAGCUGGAUCAUUUCCUGGUCAACCUCAUCCAAACCCAAAAGGCCAUGUUAAUGUUAUCACACUUCAGAGUGGAACAUAA